AUGUCGCUGGCAAAUGUGGCAACACAUACUACCAUGAAUUCUUCUUCCUGCUCACUACUGGGCACCGCUCUCUCCGGCGCUGUAGAUACAGCCGCCGGGCCGGGCCCUCGAGGCCUCCGGCACCCAGCCCCAGUCCACGUUCCCACCGCCGCUAUCCAGGCAAUUCGCUGCUAUUCCCAUGGGUCACAUGAGACAGAUGAAGAGUUGCAUGCUCUCUGGGUGACAUACUUCAACAAGCCAGAUAUAGAUGCCUGGGAAUUGCGAAAAGGGAUGAACACACCUGUUGGCUAUGAUCUGGUUCCAGAACCCCAAAUCAUUGAUGCUGCUUUCCAGGCAUGCAGAACAUUCAAUGAUUUUACUAGUGCAGUUCGCAUCCUAGCGGUUGUUAAGGACAAAGCAAGAUCUCAUUACAAAAUCUACCCCUAUGUCAUUCGGGAACUUAGACCAACUUUAAAUGAAUUGGGAAUUUCCACUCCAGAGGAACUGGGCCUUGACAAAGUGUGAACCCCAUGGAUGGACUUCCCAAGGACUUAUUGAUAAUACUACUUGAU